AUGUCUUCUGCGUAUCCAAGUAAACGUAAACGUUACGUGGAUUUCGAGAAACCUGUACAUGCACUAGAUUUUGCACACGUUGAGUGCUACCCGGAGACAAGUAAACGUCCAAGAAGGGUAUACUCACGAGAAUGGCAGAUACAAGACUUUUCUUUUAGAAAAAAUUCUAUGCCGUGGACUCCAUCGCCACUUGGCACAACUCCAAUAAUAUCAUCUGAUUCGAAAUCUUUUAAUUCUGGUAACACACAUCCAUCAUCACCCAAUACGCGACACAUUCCAAAGUCGGUUCGAGCAAAUUUCGAGCUCGUUAAGCUGAUGAAAGAUAAAAAUAAUUUUGAGCGUGAAAUUGCAACAGCGCGUCAACAUAGAACAAAAGGGAAAGAGUUCCCAGACUUGGAGACUGUGGCUGCUCAAGGACCACCACAUUAUAAAUCACGCGGCAAGGAUAUCAUAGAAAAAAUUAAGGAUAACGACUACGAUACUUUGCUACCGGAUAAAGUGUGGAAAAAGUCAUUGAGGUAUAAACUUGGUGUGAUUACCAGAAAAGUGGUCAAGAAACAAAUAGAGAAAGCAAAGAAAAUGGAGGAAAAACAUUAUUCUUCUCUUCGUCUGGGUAUUAUUAAUAAUCGACCUCAAAUGAUGAAGGUUGGUAUUCUUUAA